CUAAGAGAUAUUCGCAAUAUAAAAUGGAGUACCACAUCAAGACCAGAAGUUCUUUUUUUGGGUUUCAAGCACAAGGAGAAACCAGAUCCCAAGUUAUAUUCACCAACAUUAGUCGUGCACGGUCAAAAUGACGAAAUUCUCAGCCAAGGUUGUCAAAGAAUUCGCGCAAGGAAUUCCUUGGAGCAAAGUCAUAAAAAAGGCCGCAAACAUCGAUCGAGGAAGACGCGUUUUCCCUAGCCAGACGCCCAAGAACGACGCUAAAUACAACUUGCGACUGGACAAAGGCUCAGUGGUUGAUGGAAAACAUGAAUUGAUCCUCCAAGCCAACAAGAAUGCUGCAAACCCAGGUGUGAAAGCUGCAGCCUCCGAGGAUAGCCAUAAGAUUUGGGCCAAAAUUCUUGUUGACCCUGAAAACCCAAAUGAUGACAAGGCUGAAGAAGAUUUGAUUGCAUCCUUCAAGGAAACCGAUUGAAUUGGUGGCUGAUGGCAUGGCUUCAACCCUUUUCUCGAACGAAUCAGCCAUUCUCGAUUGUCCUAUUCAACCACUCGAUUCUAGUCACUCGUUUCAGCUCAAAGAAACUUUGAGUAGCAAUACUCAAAGAAAUCUGAUUUGACGUACACCUUUGUAUCUAGG